AUGGAGUCAUCAGAGCAAAACGGGGCUAGUAUCUCAGAGACUCUUUGCCCCAAAAUGCUAGUUUGUCUAGCAAGAGGACCUUUUGGAUGUUUUUUUUCUUUAUGUAAUAUCCCGACAAAUCCUAUGAUUUCAAAAAUUUGUACAGUGCAAAGAGUACUGCAAUCUGCAGUGAAUCUGUAACAGAAUUUGUAAUUUGUGAGUUAUGAAGAUCAGUAAAUUCUGAAUUCUAAUUCUAACGGGAAGGCUUUGAUGAUAGAUUGCGCUAGCAUAACUUUGGUAUCCGUCUUUACAAGCAUAAUUUUCAUUUUUGCGAAAAAAGCAUUGCUUGCAUAAUUUUCCCUUUUGGCUAGUUUUGCAGCACAAAUAUUGUUAUUUAUUGAUCAUACAACCAACUUUUUUGGCCUGAGAUCAGUUUUACGGGCAUAUUUAAGUAACGAAAUCAUUUUAUGCCCGCUUACUGUCACAUCCGAGGGGCCUGGGUGACCCAGGACUCCUUCCUCAGGCCUCAAUGCAAUGCAUGCACAUAACAAGCUCGGUUACCCUAAAUGGCGUGUUGAUUAUUGUUUGAGUUUCAAUAAUAUAGUUGGCAGACAGUUUUGUUGUUUCAGUGCUUUAUCUCUCAUACAUUCAUCUAUCGCUGAAAACUAGAGUUUGCAAGACAGUGAUAGCCAGGGAAUUGUAAAUAGGAUAAACGUGUUUCCUUUUUCCCCUUUGUUGCCUAGUUUUUUUAGGACCUAAAUUUAAAAAAAAGAUAAAUAUACGAGCAAUGCUAGUAGGAGCCAGGAUAAACGGGUGGCACAGGUAAAAAAUGCGUUUUUUCAAACAUUUGACCGGACUUGCGCCAACGGGGUCGAAGUCUCAAAUGAUCUCCUUCUCCUUUUUUUCAGAUUUCUUCAAAAAUCUGGAAAGCAGUUUAGUUUCGAAGCUUUACUGGACCAAGAUGGCUAUUCCUGUUGUAGAUUUUAGCGCCAUGGGUUUACAAAACAAGAAUCAGCCUUGGUCGGAAAAUAGCAAUGCUGUCAAAGACUUGGCUGAGAAACUCUACAAUGCCUUUAGCACGGUUGGAUUUGUGUAUCUUAAAAACCAUGGGAUUCCCCAGGAAAUGGUGCGUUUUUGUUCCAAUGUUUGUUUUUUCUUUGUUGUUGCUGUUGUAAAUAUUUUUUAUUUCAGUUCAAAACUGGGUCAAAGGGUUAAAAGCAGCAUCUUUUUCAGCCUCAUCUUGAGUCUUCACUUUCUCGGACAGUCCGGGAAUUAAUCGAGCCUCCAUCUUGAAGAACAACACUUAUUUUGCAUGGUCCACAUUACAGACCAAAAAAAAGACGUCAAGAUGUUAAAAAAAAUUGCAGUGAAACCAAUCUCUUCAGUUUUGAACACUUUGACGUCAUUGCUGUGGUCUAUAAGAGUUGUGGCGAGAAAAAAAAGCGCAUGCUACGCUAUGCUAAUUGUCGAUUUGUUAACUGAAGAUGGUAGGUGAGCUUUUCAAUAGUUCUGGUGAAAAAAUUUUUCUAGCAGUUGAGGUUCGAUUUAGUACGUUACUACUGCCGUUACCUACGAACGCAUACGUAUUCACAGUCGUCGCUCCUUUUCACCCUGAGCGACGACCGAAAAUAUGGCUGCGUUUGCAGGCUACUGCCAUCGUUGUCGUUCAGUGUAGGAAAGAUUUAACAAAGAUGAAUGUUUGUUACAUACUCGUCCAGUCAACAGAUGACCUAAAAAAAGCAUGAAAAAGUGGCCGCUUUCGAUAACUGGAGGUUCGACAGUAUUUUGUGUCGUUGGUUGCCCUUAGUAUUUGAUCUUGAAUGACCUUUUACCGGUCACUUCUCAGUACUUCUCAAGUAGAAUUCCACCUAUAAAAUAUACCAAGGUCUUGGGAAACCAUCUCUUUUGUUCAUGUUAUUAUAGCCUUCCAUUGGGUAGUUCACUUGAAACUUCGCAAGAACUUGCUGAGCAGCGAACUUGACAGGAGGAACAAUGAUUUUUUUGCUCAUCCUUGAAGUUAAUUUCUUUGUUUAACUCUGCAGAUCGACUCUAUUUUUGUGGAGAUGGAUAAGUUCUUCGCCCUGAGUCAUAAAGUAAAAACGAAAUACAAAAGGGAACACAAAUUCUGCAGAGAUGGUUGGAAUUCUUUUGAAGCGGAAAGGUAAUGCGUGCCCAUUCCCUUGAUUUGUACUUAUGGUGCAAACAAUCGGCCAGAAUUGUGACAUGCAUGUGCAGUAAAGGUAGCACAGUAUUGGCCCUUGAGAAACAGAAAAAACGGCAUUCGUUUCAAAGUUGCCUAGCCAAAAUGGGGGAGCAUUAAAUGAAAGAAGAUCAUCUCAGUUAUAGACACAACUUUUGCAGUUGCGUAAAGAUUUAGUCUGAAAUGAUGCAGGCUUGAACGGGAUUUGAACUCAGCUUGACCUCUGCGAUACCGGUUCAGCGCUCUACCAUUGGAACUAACAAGCCGACAGGAAGCUGGUCUUUUAUUUGGUUCUUUCAAAACCCACGAGCCUCGCUUUAAAACAGGCACUUGGUUCAACCCGGAAGUGGCUUUUUAUAGUCACGUUGAUUGGCUACAAAAUAUUCUUCCCAGGUGAUAGACCUUUUCAGCUUGUUUGGAUUUGUUUUCCCAUUUCAAACCAUGUGAUAGUGCCAAAUCCUAGAAAACUGUUUCCGGCACGUGGUCUGAAUUUGGAAAACAAAACAUACAAGCCAAAAGGUCUAUUGAAUAGUAAUAAUAAUAAUAAUAAUAAUAAUUAUAAUAAUUUAAUGAUAAAAAUAAUAUAGUAAUAAACCAAACCGUUUUUGCUUUCUCUUCGUUCACAGCCUUAAUUCAGAGAGACCACCAGGUUACAAAGAAACCUUGGAUUUGAACUCAAUUUAUGAGGCAGAUUUUGUAAGUUUUAAUAGGUAGCUUGUUGACACUUGCGCUGAGUGCCAGAGCCUUUUUUACCUUUUUUCUUACCUAAUUCAUGAUAGUUUGCGGCGAAUUGAGGCGGGUUAUUUCCUCCCAGGUAUUUUGAGAACGGACCCCUGUUGCCGGUUAGUUAGCCAGGACGUUUUUUUUUACAAUUUCCUAAGAAAAAGUUUCAUUCUGACAGUCUGGGCCACAACCAGAUCUGGAUAUAUGAUGACGUCGUCUAAAUUUUGUCUGAAAGAGGUUUCUAAUAACAGACGCUUUCGAUAAACAUUUAAGAAUAAAAAUCAACGAUAAAAAUUUUGAAUGACGUUUCGAUGACUCGCUCAUCAUUUUCAAAUUCUAAAAAGUUAGAUUGUUAAAAGUUCUUUAUAUAUUAAGAAUAUACACCUGCGUGACUCUCACAAUCAGAAGAACAAAGACCUCACUGAACAAUUCACUAUACUGAAGAAAUGUCGUGGGAAAUUUGAAUGCUUGAUCUACGAAAUGCUUUUUAUCCAGGAAAUGAAACCCAAACUGAACACUCAAUCAGACUCAAUAAAAGCGAAACUUUUUAGUACCUAAUUAACACUCACUACGUUCCACAUUGUAGUUUUUAAUCACGUGCAACGAGACUUCACACGCAUUCUUAAUAUAUAAAGAACUUUUAACAAUCUCACUUUUUAGAAUUUGAAAAUGAUGAGCGAGUCAUCGAAACUUCAUUCAAAAUUUUUAUCGUUGAUUUUUAUUCUUGAAAAAGGUUUCAUUUGAAUUAUACCAUCAUAUCGAAUCAUAGUUUCGUCCACUGAUUCUAACGUUCUCGUCCACAGAAUUAAAAUUUAGACCCGGUGAUAUAUGGAGAAAAAGUACCCCGAGCAGGGUCGCCCUCUAACAGCGAGCGUUCCUGAUAUCAGAAAAAUGUUGACCCCCUUGUCCUUGUCCAAGACAACAGAACUCGCACAUGCGUUAAUUGUCUCGCUUUGAUCUAGUUGUCCCAGCUGGGCGAGCCAAGUGAAUGUAAGCCAGUGUAGGACGGUGACUCCGGGCCUACCUUCACAAAAGGUUGACCUACCUUGCCGGGUCACCCUUCUAGCAGAGCCAGCGCUAGCAUUUCUUUUAUCAUAAAAACGGUCUCGCGUAUAGCAGCAUAAAGGACAAUUUGCCUAGCCUUUAAAUGGGCGUCUUGAUUGGAUUACAAGAAUAUCGUUUUCUGAUUUGUGUUUUAAUUAUAUUUUUACAACUAAUUUCUUUCGUUUUUUCUUUUUACCAUCAAUGUUCUUGUGUUGCAGAGAUGGCCCAAUGAAGAGAUAUCAAACUUCCAAAGCAACAUUACACGUACCUAUGAGACCAUGACAGAGCUAAGCUUCAGGGUGCUAUCUGCCAUGGCUAUAGGUCUUCAACUGGUAAGAAAAUCAUGUUGACAUAACAAACGAUUACCGUGCCCUAAAAUCGAAAAAUGGAGAUUUUAUAUUCUAAGACGAGGACAACUACGAGUAGUACGGCGCAUUUGAAUAUAUUAUAGAUAUUUGCGCCUUAUAAGUUUUGAAUUAAUAAUUAAUUAAUACGAGAUUUUCUCAGUACUAAGAAGUGCUCGCGCAAGAACCAGCACCAUCUUGGCGGGAAAACGUCCACCCGUCCGCCCGCACCACAGGGAAACCACUGUAAAAUGUCACACUUUCUAGAUAGCGUAGGAGCCUGCAACCUGAUAUUGCACAUCCAUCUGCUGUGGUCAAUUGACAGCUGUCAAAACGGGGCAUUCGCUAACCAGUAUCACAUGACCAUAUCACGGGCUCUGGUAUCGACCCAUCAACCACCUUUUGAGUCAUCCGCUGACAAGUUACUAGUUCCUAACUGAUCGCGGGCUCAACCCCAAGUGGAUUUCUUUGUGAUGGUUCAGUACAAGUUUAUUUUUUGAAGCAAAUUAUAAAUGUUUAGGGUAUUAAACGGGAGCUUCGCUUUUAGCUUUGGGUAAACCUAUACAUUAACUUAUUCUUUGAUUUCUUGAACAGAAACAUGACGCGUUUGCCCAUGCAUUCGAAAAAGCAGGCACUUUACAAGGAGAAACUAUGUUAAGGUAUAGUUACUACCCCACGAUAACUGAUAUGAGUAACGUCAAACCAGGUCAGCUUCGUUGUGGAGAGCAUACUGACUGGGGCGCCAUUACACUUCUUAUCCAGGAUGAUGUUGGUGGACUUGAGGUAAAGAAAGCUACCGUUAAUUAAGCCAAGCAAAUAAAAAUAAUAAAUAAACAAACAAAUGUUUUUCCUCCAGGCCUGCUUCAUUUCUUGGGGUCGUCUAUUUCUUUGUUACUGGAAAUGUUGGAAUAAACAAAACCCGACACGCGGUACUUUCAACACUAGUUAUUCUACAAUUCUACAUAACGGGCGUUACUUUUCAUAAUAAAAAGAAUUAAACCUAUUGACAUUUUUCAUACACCUUGCCUAUUGAGAUAUAUCGUACGACGCAUUACGUCGUUAAAACAUGUAUCAAACUAAAUUUGUGUCACAUCAUUAUCUGACGUUUCAAUAUUAAUAUUUGACCAAAAACUCCAACUAAUCCCCGACCGAAGAUUCACUUGAAAACCGCGAAUAAAAAGGUUUGAAAUAACAACAACAAGCGCUCGCCUGCUCUCUUUUUUCUAGAAAUCCGGACGAGAAACAUUUGUUUUUAUUUCUACUUGGCCCUAGAUAACCUAGGAAAAAGCAUUAACUUACACUAACAAGUCCAUUGCUUCUUAAUUUGCUUCAGAUACGCAACGUUGAUGGAAAAUUUGUUCCUGCUCCACCAAUAGAAGGAACAAUGGUGGUCAACAUUGGCGACAUGAUGGAAAGAUGGACGGCGGAUAAACUGAAAUCAACGGUAUGUUGGAGAAUGCAACCCUCAUACUAAGCCUACGUUUCAAUGGUUUCACAAAUUGGUUAAUUUACCCCCGGGGGGUAAAACUCAAAAAAGUUUUACAGGGGGAGACUCCGCCCCGAGGUCCGACUCCAUACGGUUUUCAUGCAAUUUUUUACAGAAAAGGCACCUUCCAUUAAAAAAUGGUACCCCUUUUAAGACCAGGUUUAGAGCUCUGCAUCCCUUUUAACUGCUGUAAAUGCAUUGUCUUUAAAAUAUGAAAAAGUCAGAAAAACAGGAAUUUUUUUCAUCGCCACCAGGAACCCAUCAUUUGAUGGGCUCCUGUCGCCAUAAAUUCUUAACUUUUAUUAUUUGUAUUAACUUUUUUAGGUCUUUUUAUAGACGGAAAGACAGAUUUCCCUACCCCUUUAUAUACUUCAACUAGUGAAAUCAUAUCCCUACCCUUUCAUAUACCUGAAGCCUGAAAAAGGUACCCCUUUCAGUAGGAGUCUUCCAUUAUAGGGAGUACCCCCCGGAAAUUAAGUGAAAACACUUUUCCCCGCCAAAAUCCAAGCUCCGGUUUAUCUCUGAAUGCGCAUGAUUAGCAUUAUAAAGGAACAAAAAAAUUGUCAGCUAAACGUUUUUCCUCUGUCAAAAUAUUAAUUUCUUGGGUGUAUCCGGCUAGCUAAUUGAUUUGAAGAGCUCCUUAGGACUGUUCCAAAACGCUGAUACACGAAUUCCUCUGAUUCCCAACUAACACCCCAGUAUAAACAAGGGACUUCCUUAAACUAACUUACUGAUCGUAUCUAAUUCGCGCAGGUUCAUCGUGUACUGAUACCCGAAGAGCAGAUCAAACGCCGUCACCGUCGUUCCUUAGCACUUUUCUUUAAUCCCGAUGUCGAUGCGGUUAUCACAUGUAUGGAUGGGUCUAACAAGUAUCCUCCGGUCACAUCCGGGGAGUGGGUCAAAAUGAAACAGAAUUUGGCACACAAAUAA